AUGGAGCGCUGGGACUCGCUGGGAUUUUUGAUUGUCACACUCAACUAUAAUGUGACGAUUGUAGGCAAGAUCUGGCUAAUGUUAAUAAUUCUGCUGCGAAUGGCAGUGGUAGUGUUAGCAGGCUAUCCACUCUACCAAGACGAGCAGGAGCGCUUCGUCUGCAACACCCUGCAACCAGGAUGCUCCAAUGUUUGCUAUGACUUGUUCUCUCCUGUAUCUCACUUUAGAUUCUGGCUCAUUCAGACUGUGUCUAUCCUGCUACCUUAUGCUGCAUUCAGCAUUUAUGUUUUGCACAAGGUAGCUAUGUACAUUGUAAGAAUGCACUGUUUGGUGCAUGAAUGCAAAGGGAAUGAGGGUUUAUCAAACCCCAAAGACCUGAAGGAGCUCUGUAGAAGUGCUGUUGUCAAUAGAUUAGAUUGUGCCGCAGACAACCUAAGUGUCCUUAAUUUUUCUGGGGCAUAUACUGUUCAUCUUUUUUUUAGGACACUACUUGAGGCUGCCUUUGCAGCUGUGCAGUAUUUUCUUUUUGGAUUUUUUGUUCCUGAGCGCUUUUCCUGCUACCAUUCACCUUGUACAAGCACAGUUGACUGUUAUGUCUCCCGGCCCACUGAGAAAUCCAUCAUGAUGAUUUUCAUCUGGGGGGUCAGCAGUCUAUCCUUUCUGCUUAGCCUUGCUGAUCUCGUCUGUGCUCUCCAGAGAAUGACAGCAAGAAACCAAAAGAACAAGCUGCUGGCAAACCUCCACGUAGAGAAUGACUGCAUUCUGAAUCUUCCUCCAGUACAGCAUGGUAGCUCUUCUCCACCUCAAAAUCAAGACUGUCCAGUAUCAAAUAGCAGCCAGACUAGUGAUGGCUCCUGCUCACUUCUCUCUGAAGAGGAAGAAGAGGCUGUUCUUCAUCCUGAAGUGAUCUCUCAGCAAACUGCCAGCACUAACCUUAACAGCAACAAGGCCUGUCUAUUAGGAGAUCUUGCUGUUAAGCAAGAUAGCACUGAAGAACCAUUGUGUGCCGGUGACCACCAAGGAACUGCAUGCAGGCAAGCGAGACCCAGGCUUCAGCAAGACUUCAUUAAAGAUACUGCCCUGACUUUGAGACCUCAGAUCAAGUCUCACCUUGGAGUUUCUUCCUCUGUAGUUCAGAGCAAGCUUUUAGGAUACUACCCUUCAGCUGAGCUAAAAAACCCUGAUGCACAAUCAAAUUAUAGCAGUACUAGUUGCUUGAGGUCAAAAAAGUCAGAAUGGGUAUAG